AUGGCUUCUGCUCCCGCACUGAAAAGCCUCGCAGUUCGCCGCUCAUGGUUCAUUUUCAACGUCCUCCACUCCGAGGUGAAUAUGCCACAUCCUGCGCAGGACGAUCCAGCAGCGUCAGGCGCGCCCGAGGCAGGCGCAAACCUCAUCCCACAACCAAAGAAGGUCUCAGAGCACCUCUCCCCGAACAGAAAGGGGAACCCAUCCCUAGCCACGCAGAUGAGACUCGGGAAGACGGCCCGCCGCCUCGCGUUUUACUGCCGCCUAGUGGCAAGAAUCGCUGCUUUAAGUGAGAAGCACGCGGCUGGCAUCACGUUCAUCACCACCAGUACCAAACAUCCCCAGUACGCGGAGUGGCAGGCGUUUGUCGACAUCGUCAAGGAUGAACUGCCAAUCAUCAAUGCCUACGAAAACGCGUGGCCCGUCGCGGCCAUCGUGCGUGUGCACCGUCACAAGAAAAAAGUGGGCAGCGUCGGCCUCUUGAACUGGGAGGACAAAGCCACACAAUUGCGACUCUCCAUCCUGACGUACGUCGCGCAGCCCCGCGGGUCCGAUUCUACGCACCAGGCGACGCUCGACUCCGACGCCGAGCAUCCGGAACUGCACCACGCCGCUGAUUCCGCUACCGGCCGCUCAGCCUCAGCCUCCGCCGCGGCAAACGCCCCCUCUCUAGUGGCAUCCCGACGGCCCGCUCAAGACCCCGACGCAGGGCGAUCCCGCGACCGCACGUACAGGCCUUACAACGGGCCCCGCGACAGCACCCCCCGUACCCGGGGCCGCCAGUUCCUGCAGUCCGUCUACAUCCGUGCACGCCCUGCGCCCUCUACCGGCACCUCCUUCAGUGUCGGCCUGUCCCCCGGCACCGACAUUUCCUCCAGUGCUGGCCCCUCCUCCGGUGCCGGGUUCUCCCUUAGUACCGGCCCCUCCUCCGCUUCAGCCGCCGGAGUGCACAGCUCGGGUUACGAGGACGCUUCGGGCCUCGCACUGGCACCGGUGCGCGAGUUCCUCCGCGCGCUGCACCCCGAGCAGACCGCCCUGCUGCCCGUCCUCGUCAAGAAGGGUGUGCGCACCGGGGCGGACCUCGACGGCCUGGCGUGCAUGCCGCGGGAGCGCCGCAAGAGGCUGCUCAUUUUGUGGCUCCUUGAGGAGGCGAUCACCCAGCUGCAGUUCGAGGCGCUCGACGCGGGCUUCGAGGCGAUGAUAUCCUGA